ACUGUGCGUAACUGUGCGUCUGACGUCACUCCCCUUAGUAACCCUCUGCGGCGUCUCCAGGAGAGAAAGGCAACAAGAUGGGAUUGCUGUCAAUCCUGCGGAAGCUGAAGAGCACACCUGACCAGGAGGUGAGGAUACUGCUGCUGGGGCUGGACAACGGGGGGAAGACCACCCUGCUGAAACAGCUGGCCUCUGAGGACAUCAGCCACAUCACCCCCACACAGGGAUUCAACAUAAAGAGCGUCCAGUCUCAGGGGUUUAAGCUGAAUGUUUGGGACAUCGGAGGCCAGAGGAAGAUCCGGCCGUACUGGAGAAACUACUUUGAAAACACAGAUGUGCUGAUUUAUGUCAUUGACAGUGCUGACAGAAAGAGAUUUGAGGAGACGGGUCAGGAGCUGGCCGAGUUGUUGGAUGAAGAGAAGUUGAGCGGCGUUCCUGUGCUGAUCUUUGCAAACAAGCAGGACCUGCUGACCGCCGCGCCGGCCUCCGAGAUCGCAGAGGGUCUCAAUCUGCACACCAUCCGGGAUCGCAUGUGGCAGAUCCAGUCCUGCUCCGCCCUCACUGGGGAGGGGAUUCAGGAGGGCAUGAAUUGGGUCUGCAAGAGCGUCAACUCCAAGAAGAAAUAGCCUCGCUUCUAGUCUUCUGCUUCUCAGGAGGAGCAGCAGCAGCAGUACACACACAUACACUGACACACAUUGCACCCUCCUGAGCCUUAGUACGAUGGGAUAUACCUGUGAAUGUAAACACACUACUAAUCCAACAUGGACCUGGAGUUUUUAACCCCCCUGCAUUUCCGUAUCACUGGUUCAUUAUCCCAGCACAUCUUCCCACUUUGGCCUGAACACAGAGCAGGGCGGUCCGACUUCAAAGAGAAGCCAUGCCGGGAAUUCAACCACCUCCACCCUGACUACCCACGUCACCAUCGCUGUCCCAGCCAAUCGCAGCCAGCAUCCACAGCCUGUCACAACCUCAAACAUUCCCAUUAAACUGCUGUCUUUCAUUGGAAUUCCUGCUUGUUCUUUAGACUGUUUCACACUCCUGGAAACCAGCUCCCCCCACCCCACCACCGUUUCCUCCAUCUUAUUCUUACAGGUUAUGCUGUUUGUUUUUUUAUCAUUCCACGAUGGCUAUGUUUUGAAGUGAGGUAUAUUUUUGUAAUUGUUUUAUUUAUGGUGAAGUAGAGUGCUUUCAAACAACGACCAGUGUGACGUGUGUGUGUGACCUAAAUGAUGUUGGAGAAACGAUCCCAACUCUCCCCACUAAAGAAUGAUAGUGUACAUGUUAAUAUGUAUAAACAGAAGAUGAGAUUAAAUGGUUUAGAGGAACUACAUUUUUAGAUCAAGUGUAAAUAGCUCUGCCCUGUGGUCAUAUGUUAAGUUACGCACAUGUUAUAGAGUAUAUGUUACCAUGCUGUACUUUGUAGUCUAUAAUGUUUGCAUAUCUAACACAUGCAGAUUUUUAACCGAGGUUUACGUACUGUACGUCCCAACGCAUUUCUUUGUUGCUCUUUUGGUUUGUGAGGGAAUUCACCAUUUUGGCUUUUCCUUUUGAUAUUCUUGAAUGUAAUCUGUCCAGAAUUGAAGGUACUGUAUGUGAAUAAUAAAAAAAAAAAAAAAG